AAGGGUAUUCUAAUAGUAAUGAUAUCAGUCCACAUACCCAGUGUUUAUCCCAUUUAUUCCGCUGACCUUUCUUCUCUUCCCAUCUCUUUCAUUCAGAGUCCUACUGAACCUUCUUUCUUUCUCUUUCGAUCUCCUUCUCCUCUAGUGCUAUAUAAAGAAUACUAGAAAGUUAAAGCUACUACACUCUUCAGUCUUCAGCACUGUUCCAUUACUCAAAAUGGGACGAUCACCAUGCUGUGAAAAAGUUGGUUUGAAGAAAGGACCAUGGACUCCAGAGGAAGAUCAGAAGCUCUUGGCUUACAUUGAAGAACAUGGCCAUGGAAGCUGGCGUGCUUUGCCUGCAAAAGCUGGACUUCAAAGGUGUGGCAAGAGCUGCAGAUUGAGAUGGAGCAAUUAUCUAAGGCCUGAUAUCAAAAGGGGAAAGUUCAGCUUGCAAGAAGAACAAACCAUCAUUCAACUGCAUGCACUCCUAGGGAACAGGUGGUCAGCAAUAGCUACACAUCUUUCAAAGAGAACAGAUAAUGAGAUCAAGAACUACUGGAACACUCAUCUAAAGAAAAGGCUAAUCAAAAUGGGAAUUGACCCUGUGACUCACAAGCCCAAGAAUGAUGCCCUUCACUCUAGCAUCGACAAUGGCCAUUCCAAGGUUGCAGCCAACCUCAGCCACAUGGCUCAGUGGGAGAGUGCAAGGCUUGAGGCUGAAGCAAGGUUGGUCAGAGAAUCUAAACUACGUUCACACCUUGGAACAAGCUCUUCUAUCUUACCAUCACCAUCCUCAUCAUCAUUGAACAAACAUGAUACAGUGAAAGCUUGGAACAAUGGUAGUAGUGUUGUUGGUGACCUUGAAUCUCCUAAGUCUACCUUAUCUUUCUCAGAGAAUAAUAAUAAUAAUCAUAAUGAUAAUAAUGUGGCACCAAUUAUGAUAGAGUUUGUGGGGACUUCUUUAGAGAGAGGAAUUGUGAAAGAAGAAGGUGAGCAAGAGUGGAAAGGAUACAAAGAUGGCAUGGAGAAUUCAAUGCCUUUCACCUCUACUACCUUUCAUGAGUUGACAAUGACCAUGGAAGCCACAUGGCCACCUUCUGAUGAGUCUUUGAGGACCAUUACUACUGCUGCUACUACAGCUGCUCGUGCACAUGUCCUUGGAGACCCGGUUGUUCAGGAAGGGUUGACCGAUCUAUUGCUGAAUUCUAACUCCGAUGAUGAUCGGAGUUUGUCGCCGGAGGGUGGUGGAGAGUCUAAUAGUGGUGAUGGUGGUGAUGGUUGUGGCAGUGACUUCUAUGAAGAUAACAAGAACUAUUGGAACAAUAUUCUUAAUUUGGUGAACUCUUCCCCUACUAAUUCACCUAUGUUUUGAUAAUCAUGAUAUUAUAUUUGUAUUUACUUCUUUUUCUCAAAAUUAAUUCUGACACGUAGAAGCGACUUUGCAUAAUUGAUUUUAGCUUGAGGAUCUAUUUAUAUUUGAAUUCCUUUAUUGAUUCCAAACAAAAAAUCAAUUUUAGAAGAAGCUUCGGUCUUUAACUUCUAGAUGGAUGUCAGAGUUGAUUUUGAAGAAACCGAAGAAAACUAAAUUGAUCCAAAAUGCUUAUGAGUAGGGGUAAAUGCUACAUUGGUUUCACCUUCACAUUAUUAUUGCCAUAAGAAGCGACCACAUGCACACGGAAUAGCUAGUAAUGUAUAGUGUCAGAGAGCAAUAAGGUUCUACUGUGAAAAACAGCUCUUUGUCGCUUAUGUGGUAUCAUCAAAUGUUCAUAUCAAUUUGUUAUGGAUUUGACUUGAUUUCUAUGCUGUAGGGUAGAGGGAUAUAUACGUAUGCAUGUAGACAACUGAUAUAAUGUAUGUGAGUUGAAUGACUUUUACUCGUAUGUAAUUUCCUGUGUUCAAAGUUCAAACUGUAUACAAUUAUAUCUAAUAAAAUAGAAGUAGUUA